AUGGAUAAGCUUGUCGCGCAAUACUCGCGCCCAUCUCACCAGAAUGACUUCUACACGGAGGAAGAGCAAACCGACAUGACGGGGAGCCUUCCUCCGCUCUCUUUGAAGUUCGCCCUUCCUCCUGUCGCCAAUCCCUCAGCUUUCCUCCGUGCUAUGACCGAUGAUCAUUCCAACCCCAGCUGUCCGAUCAAGCUGGCUCACGGAACAACAACUCUGGCAUUCCGAUUCCAGGGUGGAAUCAUUGUAUGCACCGAUUCUCGAGCCACAGCGGGUAACUGGAUCGCCAGUCAAACAGUCAAGAAAGUCAUCCCAGUCUCGCGGUUGAGCCGUGGAGAAGACAAGCCAUCAAAUGAUCCCACUCCUGGACUUUUGGGAACAAUGGCUGGUGGUGCGGCGGAUUGCCAAUACUGGUUGCGUUAUCUGAGUCAACAGUGCACCCUGCACGAAAUUCGACACAAGCGCCGAAUCACAGUAGCAGCCGCCUCCAAGAUUCUUGCCAAUCUCACCUACGCGUACAAGGGCUACGGCCUUAGCAUGGGAACAAUGCUUGCGGGAGUCACCCCUCAAGAAGGACCUGCCCUGUACUAUAUCGACUCGGACGGCACCCGUCUGCCUGGCAACCUGUUCUGUGUCGGUUCAGGACAGACCUUCGCCUAUGGUGUGUUGGAUGCGAACUACCGCUAUGAUUUGAGCGAGAAGGAAGCUCUGGACUUGGGUCGUCGGGCUAUCUUGGCUGCCAUGCACCGUGACGCAUACUCUGGUGGUUUCAUCAACUGCUAUCACGUCACAGAGGCUGGUUGGGUGCACCACGGCUUUGACGAUAUGAACCCCAUCUUCUGGAAGACUAAGCUUGAGAGCGGCGAGUUUUCUAACGUCACGUCGGAGCUGUAA